AGUAACUUUUAAAGGACCUGCGACUUCUAACAGUUGUCUUGAGCAUUAACUUGUUUCAAGAUUGAAAGGAACUUGUCUUAAUAUUCCUAUAUCCUUAAAAACCUUUCUAGAUCUAUAAUACUGCUUGGGAAUCAUUCAAGAUUACUCCAAGUAGGUCUUUUUUUUCCCCCUAAACAAUUUUGAUGGAGUUGUCGGAUAUUCCGUUCCCCAUCCCUUCAGCUGAUGAUUUCUACGAUGACCCUUGCUUCAACACCAACGACAUGCAUUUCUUCGAAGACCUGGACCCCAGGCUCGUCCAUGUGAGCCUGCUCAAGCCCGACGAGCAUCACCAUAUCGAGGACGAGCACGUCCGGGCGCCCAGCGGGCAUCACCAGGCCGGCAGGUGUCUGCUGUGGGCAUGCAAAGCCUGCAAGAGAAAAACCACUAAUGCUGACCGCCGCAAAGCCGCGACCAUGCGGGAGAGGAGGCGACUGAGUAAAGUGAACGACGCUUUCGAGACCCUCAAGAGAUGCACGUCCACCAACCCGAACCAGAGGCUGCCAAAGGUGGAGAUUCUGAGAAACGCGAUCAGUUACAUUGAGUCUCUGCAGGCGCUGCUCAGGGGUCAAGAAGAAAACUAUUACCCAGUUCUGGAACAUUACAGUGGAGACUCAGACGCCUCCAGCCCGAGAUCCAACUGCUCUGAUGGCAUGAUGGAUUUCAUGGGUCCCGCAUGUCAGUCGAGAAGAAGGAACAGUUAUGACAGCUCUUACUUCAACGAGACGCCAAAUGCUGAUGCACGGAAUAAUAAAAACGCAGUGGUGUCGAGUUUGGAUUGCCUAUCCAGCAUCGUGGAGAGAAUUUCCAAGGAGACCCCCGCGUGUCCCGUGUUGUCUUUGCCGGAGGGGCCCGACGGAAGCCCGUGUUCUCCCCAGGAAGGGUCUGUCCUGAGUGAGACCGGGGUCCCUGCACCCUCCCCGACCAACUGCCCCCAACAGAAGACUCAGGAUCCCAUCUACCAAGUGCUAUAAAGAUUCACAACAUUUCAGCAAAUUUAAAAAGACAAUCUGAAAGAAACAUUCAGCAGAAUAAAAAUGGCAAUUCCGAUCUUAACGACUAAAGUAAGACCUUUUCGAUCCACUGCUGGAAAACUAGGAACGAAUGAUCUUUCUUUCUUUCUUUCUUUCUUUCUUUCUUUCUUUCUUUCUUUCUUUCUUUCUUUCUUUCGCUCGCGCUUUUUUAUUCUUUAUUUUAUUUAUAUGCUGUGGAAAACAUCAAAUUCCAUUAUGAAAAAUUUGUCAGCAGAUCAGCAGAAGUGAGUUUCUUCACUAUGCUUAUUUAUAUAAUUGUAUCCACGUGACCAUAUGUUUCCCUUUGUGAGUAUGUUUUGUCACCAUCACCUUUUAUUUCCUAAUUAUUUACGAGAGAAUCGUAUUUCAGAAAAAGUAGGACCACUUUUGUACAUGUGUAAAUAAGAUCUGUUUUGUUAAAGCAAGGAAAAUGAACGAACAUUUAAUGUAUUUAAUUAUGCCUGUUUGAAACAUUAGCUUGUUGUGUCUUGUGUUAAACUUUAUAUUUAUACUUCUUAAACGAGUGAAUGUCGGAUUAAUAAAAAUAUAACUAU